AUGAUUAUAAGUCCUUUGGACUGCUUCUGGGAUGGAGCGAAAUUAUUAGGACCUGAACAUCCUUUACCUAUUGGGUUUUAUGCAAGUGAUGUUUUGUGGACCAAUUUAAACCCCAAAGAAAUGGUAGAAAAAUUAUUAAAAUUUUCAGAAAAAGACGUAGUAUUAGAAGUGAUGGAACGGGAAAUUACAAAACGGUUUGAAGGAAAACAUCGGAAAAAUAUUCAUGUUUUCUCCUCAACAUCACUUGGAGACAUUAUGAGAAAGUUUUCAAAUGUUAGUGUGGUGCGAGUGGCUCUUGGAUAUCUUGUGAUGGUGCUGUAUGCAUGUAUAUCUCUUCUCAAGUGUAAUGACCCUGUCAAUUCACAGUGUGGUAUUGGAAUGGCUGGUGUGUUACUUGUAGGACUCUCUGUUGCUGCUGGACUUGGUCUCUGUUCUGUAUUGGGAAUCAAAUUCAAUGCAUCCACUACACAGAUCAUUCCAUUUUUAGCCCUAGGUCUUGGUGUGGAUGAUAUGUUCCUAAUUGCACAUACCUAUUCAGAACAUGCUCAUCUAAAAAUCCCUUUCAUGUUUCCCAUCAUGCUCUGUGGCUCUGUUUACACAAAACUUUCAAGAAAGAGGGCAGGUGGCGCCUUACUGUUUGGCAAAGAGAGAAACAGGGAAGUGGACCAGACUCUGUUCUCUUUUCCCAGCCCUAUUUAUGAUUCUCUCUGGAACUCCUCUCUCCACCCUCUCAAAAGUUUCUUUUCCCCUUCUUUUUCAGAAACUCAAAGCCUCAUCAAAUGUUUCUCUUUAACUGUUUUGGUCUAUCUUGUGCUAUGGGACUAG